AUUAAUUUCAGAGACUAAAGCAGUGGGAAAUUCGUGAACGAAAGAAGGCCAAUGAAUAUGAACAUGAGAGAGAUCAUGAAAGGAAACGACAACGUGAAUUGCAGAUCGAAGCUCAAAGGCUAAAGGAGUUUUUUGAAGAUUAUGAUGACAAUGUAGAGGAUCCUAAAUAUUACAGAGGCAGUGCCCUACACCAGCGUUUGAAAGAUCGUGAAAUUGAAGAAGCGGCUGAUGAACGUGAUCGACAAAAGGAAAUCGAGCAACUUGAAACAGCUCGUCGAAAGCUAAUUGAAGAGGGUGAUCCGAAUGCAGAAUCCAUUAUAUUUCAAAUGGAACAAAAAAUGCAGGAGCAUCUCAGAAGAUGUUUACUGGUCAAUGGUGAUAUGUCCAUCGAAUCAAAUGAUAACCAAUGUCCUGAACCGGUUAGUGAAAAUUUGCCGAGCGCUGAAGAUGAGGUAAGUUACAGCUCGAUUAUAAUGUGUGCUAUAGGGUAAAUGUUAUCAGUUAGUUCUUUGUUCAAAUCCAUAUGCUAAGUCAUUUGUUUGUUUAUCACAUAAUUAGAGUUCUUUCUACACUUCGUUUUUCUCGUAAUAUUAUAUGUUCUCUUUUAUAGCAGUAGUCUAAAUCAAAACAAGCUUUACAAAGUGUGCAAAGCAAUUCAUUAUUGUGGUUCAGCUUUCAUGGAUUUCGAACAAUGUUAUAAAUCUAAAAACCUCGAGUGUGUGGUUAAGUCACUUGAAACCAAUAAUUUAUCACCUGCAUGCAAUGGCGUUACCUCUGAGUUCGAACCUGCUGCUCCUGAAGAGACGUCUGUCAGUUUACUGAAGGAUGGUUCCAAUACAUUUUUAUUUUCAAUGAGUGCAGUUGAACCAGUAGUUCGCAAAACUGCAUCGGCAUUCGCUGAUGAAGAGCAGGAUGAGAAACCGAAAAAACAUGGUCUUUCAUGGCUGCCACCGUCAGCUUUAAAGGCUAAUUCAAUAUCCAAUCCUUCAAAUGGUGGCGAUUCAAACCAAAAUGAUUCAAACAACUUACCACCAGUUUCAGCAUUGUCAACAGAAGAAAAAAAAGCAAUUAUCAAAAGAAUUAUUGAGGGGAUACCAACUCACAAAAGAGAAUUAUUUGCUUAUCCUAUUGACUGGGAUAUGGUUGAUGCCGAUUUCGUCAAUUCUCGAAUAAAGCCUUGGGUAGAUAAGAAGAUUGUAAGUUAUAUCGGAGAAGCAGAAGCAACAUUAUCCAGUUUCAUAUGCGAUCAACUACUACACCACAAUCCACCAGAACGUAUACUUGCUGACAUUGCCAUGGUUUUAGAUGAGGAGGCAGAAGUAUUUGUUGUAAAAAUGUGGCGUCUGUUAAUAUAUGUGAUUGCAGAGAAAAAAGCUGGACUUAGUGCUUAAAUAACAUACUCAGAUGACUUACUUUUGUACAAAUGUUUUUUUAUUCUGAUUUGUAUAAAUAAAUUGUAUAAAUUA